AUGAAAGGCAAUUCAUAAUAAUCAAAUUCAAUUUUCCCAUUAUAAGGGUUCUUUUACUGCCCGUUUGGAAUAAUUGACAUUUAAGCUUAUCUACGUAGCCUAAUCGCUAGCUAAUAUAUGUUAGAAAACAAAGAUGAUAUAAAAGUAAAGCAAGAAAUUAAAGAAGAGUAUGAAUCAGAAUCUAUACAAAAAGUUUGUAAGAAAAAUAUAUAAAAAUUCACUCCUUAUAUCUAUCCUGGUGAAACAAAAAACUAUUAUAAGAAUAUUGGAAAGAAACUAUCAUCCUACAUUAUUAAUAAUUUUGACUAGACUUUAGUGAAAUAAGACUAAGUUAUCAUGAAAUUUCUGAAAAUUGAUGGCUAAAACUAUAAUAGAAAUCACUUUAAAGAACUAUUAAAUUCCAAAAUGGCCACAAAAAUUGCAAAAAAUUUCUUUGGAAAUUUUAUGUGGUGUUCCUUGUUUAUAGAACAAAAUAAAACUGAUAUCGAUCUCUAUUUUAGACAUAAUCAAUAGAUUUUUAGAAGAAAAAAAAGAUAAUGA